CCGGCCGCCUGCUAUGGAUCCUACCAAGGAGGACUGACAUACUGCGAUAACGUUUUCCCCCUGCACAGAUAAAGACUGGGUUUUAUUGCAGCACAGCUGCUACAGAGGUAGUUCCCAGAUUAAGCUGCGCUCCUCUAGGAGCAUGAGUACUUCAAUAACGUCUGCCAAAAUCCAGGUGAAUGGAGUCCACCUGCAUUAUCAGCAGACAGGAGAAGGAAGCCAUGCAGUUCUUCUGCUUCCCGGAAUGCUAGGGAGUGGUCAAACUGAUUUUGGACCUCAGCUUAAGUUUAUGAAUAAGCAACUUUUCACAAUUGUUGCUUGGGAUCCUCGGGGAUAUGGAAAGUCCAUUCCUCCAUCUCGAGACUUUCCUCCAGAUUUCUUUGAGAGGGAUGCAAAAGAUGCUGUGGAUCUUAUGCAGGCACUAAAAUUUAAGAAGUUCUCUUUGCUGGGGUGGAGUGAUGGUGGAAUCACAGCACUCAUUGCAGCUGCAAAGUAUCCAAACCUUAUCCACAAGUUGGUUGUCUGGGGAGCAAAUGCCAGCGUUACUCAAGAGGAUGUGAGAAUUUACAAUGGCAUCCGAGAUGUUUCAAAAUGGAGUGAAAAGGUCAGGAAACCACUGGAAGAGAUGUAUGGACAUCACUACUUUGCAAAAACCUGUGAGGCUUGGGUAGAUGGAAUAUCUCGCUUUGCUGAAAAUUCAGAUGGUAAUAUCUGCCAACAGUUGCUGCCAGAUAUUAAAUGCCCCACAUUUAUAAUUCAUGGCGAGAAAGACCCUUUGGUCCCACAGGCUCAUGCAGAAUACAUUCAUAAGCACAUCAAAGGCUCUCGGUUGCUUCUAAUGCCAGAAGGAAAGCAUAACUUACACCUGCGUUUUGCAGAGGACUUCAACAGACAAGUGGAAGACUUCCUACGCUGACUUGAACUGUAAAACAAGUUAGAGGUGCUUGUCCUUUGACUUGUUUAGGAAUUUAAGAUGGCUUUCCAUUUUCAUUCAAUUUAUAGGUAGGUAGGUCUGAGUCCUGUAAGAAAAAACAUUAAACACAUUUACAUGAGAAGCAUACAUCUUGAGAAUAUGUAAGCCUUAGUGGAUCAGAGCACACUACUGUGCUGCAAGAUUUCUGACACGUCUUUAAACUUACUUGUUGCCACACAGGCUGAGCAGCUGCUCUUUGUCCGAUAGAUGCAUUAAGAAAGACAGAAAACAUGAUCUAGAAUACAUGCCUUUAUGUGCUCCUAACUAAAGGACAAAAAACAU